UGUACAAAGGUCGCGGUUCACCUCGGCAUGGCUCCCCACGUGAUCGCUGACACUCUCGCCUCUCCGCCGUGACAGUUUUUGUGCACAGUGACCGUCGCCGUCCACGACUUUAUUAAACGAUGGCUUUCGCUACGCACCAGCUUGUCCGGACGCUGUCGUACUCGUCGGCUCGGCAGGCUGCCAUCAAACACAUUACCGUCAUCGGCGGAGGGCUCAUGGGCUCCGGGAUUGCGCAGGUAGCUGCAUCUACAGGUCAUGCAGUUGUGCUUGUGGACCAGACAGAGGAGAUUUUAAAGAAGUCCAUCAAAGGAAUCGAAGACAGCCUGAAGCGAGUUGCCAAGAAGAAGUUUGCUGACAAACCUCAGGAUGGUACUGCUUUCAUUCAGAAAAUUAUGAAAAACAUUUCAACCAGCACAGAUGCAGCUGCUGUAGCCCACAGUACUGACCUGGUGUUGGAGGCAAUCAUUGAGAAUAUGGAGCUGAAGCAUGAGCUGUUUAAGAGAGUGGACAAGUUUGCUCCCGAACACACCAUAUUUGCAAGUAACACCUCUUCAUUGCCGAUUACAGAAAUAGCCAAUUCAACAACGAGGCAGGAUCGAUUUGGAGGCCUCCACUUCUUUAAUCCUGUGCCCUUAAUGAAGCUCGUGGAGGUGAUUCAGACACCCAUGACGAGCCAAAAGACUUUUGAUACCCUUUAUGAUUUCAGCAAAGCCUUGGGAAAACAUCCUGUGUCUUGUAAAGACACUCCUGGAUUUUUGGUGAACCGGCUGCUUGUGCCAUAUUUGAUGGAGGCAGUCAGACUGUACGAAAGAGGAGAUGGCUCAAAAGAAGAUAUUGAUGUAGCCAUGAAGCUGGGUGCCGGAUAUCCCAUGGGUCCUUUUGAGCUACUUGAUUACGUUGGACUGGACACCAGUAAAUUCAUCAUUGAUGGCUGGCACAAGGCUGAUCCUGAUAAUCCUCUGUUUUCUCCCAGCCCUCUGCUCAACAAGCUGGUGGAAGAGGGGAAGCUUGGCAAGAAAACGGGCGAAGGUUUCUAUAAGUACAAGUAAAUGGCUGGGCCUGUUUUUUGUUUAACCAGGUUGGCAGACUUCAUGUUUUGAGUUCAGACCACCUUGAGACAGGUGGGUUUCUGCUUUUCUAGUGCCACUUUGUGGAGUCCUGUCUGGUUCUGUUGACUAAACCUUCUGUGCCUUUCAGACGACAAACCAAACGUCCGUGCCGAUUCUACUGCUGAGCUUGAUGGAUUAAAAAAAAUAAACUGCACCGUGAAAUA